UCUCAACCCAUAAAUUUCAAGGGCCUCAACUACAAUUAAGCCCAAUAACAAACUAUAUUUUGAUCCAACAAAUUUAAACUUAGGGUUUGUAUUUCCUGCCAAAGUCAUUCACAGACUAGGAGAAGCUGCUGCCGCCAUGGUUCUCAAGACUGAACUAUGUCGCUUUAGCGGCGCAAAGAUAUACCCUGGUAAGGGUAUCAGAUUUAUUCGCUCAGAUUCUCAGGUCUUCCUGUUCGCCAAUUCUAAAUGCAAGAGGUACUUCCACAACCGACUGAAGCCCUCAAAGCUCACCUGGACAGCUAUGUACAGGAAGCAACAUAAGAAGGACAUUGCUGCUGAAGCUGUUAAGAAGAGACGUCGCACAACCAAAAAACCGUACUCAAGGUCAAUAGUUGGUGCUACUUUGGAGGUCAUACAGAAGAGACGAACUGAAAAACCUGAAGUUCGUGAUGCUGCAAGAGAAGCUGCACUCCGUGAAAUAAAGGAGAGGAUUAAGAAAACCAAGGAUGAAAAGAAGGCCAAGAAGGCUGAGGUGAUGGCGAAGACACAAAAGACCCAAAGCAAGGGUGGUGUGCCCAAAGGUGCGGCACCAAAGGGCCCCAAGCUUGGAGGGGGUGGAGGGAAGCGCUGAAACCCCUAUUUCCUCGUAUUACUAGGUAUUCCUUCAAAGAAUUUUGUAUCACCGAUCAUACGAGGAUCAUGCAAUUUUGUUAUCUCAUGAAUUAUUAGUGUCAUGGUUUUGUCAAAGAAAUCAAAUGACGGUUUAUUAGUUAAUGUUCAUUUCUGGAAAAUUAAAUGGACCAACUGUUGUUCGCCUAAACUUUUUGCCCACUUCUAAAAUUGAAAUGGAUCUUGUAUUACCACCA